AUGGCCGAGCUUCCGACACCCGAACGGGUAGAACAUUUUCAAACAUUGGCAAAGGGUCGACCUAAAGUGCUUAGCGGUGAGGGUUACGAGUCCGAACAGCGUUUGUCCAAUAUGACCCUGUACAUACCCAUGAAUCCGGCAUCAAAUUGGACUUUGACCGCAAAGCACGUGAAAGUUGCCUUUCGGAAAUAUGUUGUUUGGCGAGUGCUCGCUCGCGGCUUGGCCACCAAGCAGCGUGUCUCACAUGUUGGAACAUUCCGUUUGCAACGCUCGGUUGACCAUCCGUCUUCGAUCGAGUUGGUUCCACUUUCCCCAACCAAUCAAUCGGCCCUUGAUCAUUUUGACAAAUACUACACACAAAUCUAUGGAUCCAACCACUGGUCUGCCAUGCGAGUCGCACUCCUUUGUCCCCCGACCAAAGUAGCCUUGCUCAAUCGAUUUUCGAGCCAUUUUGUGGACAAACCGAAUCUGCCGGCGCGGUUUUCGGACUGUGUGGACCUGAUCACACAACUGUUGCAGUGUCAAUCCCAAAUGGAUGCGCAGCAAGAUUCACAAGAAGGAAAAGAUAAGCGGCAAGAUGGAUUUGCGGUCAGUUAG